UCCCCGCAACCCCCGCUGCCGACCGCCGGCCCCCAGGUACAGACCUGCGUCACCGGCUUCAACAAGCCGAUGAUACUACCACAGUACUCGUGCAUUGCAGCUGUCGAGUCACCAAGCUUGCAGUAUUCCACUUCAUCCGUUUUCUUCUUUCUGUACUUCCUUCCCACAUCUUACACCCAAUGUCCAUCUCCCUCAAACAUCUCCUCCGCAGUUCACUACAACACCGGCUAUCAUCCUCUUACACACGACUUACACGACUUCCGUCGUCACCACUCACCAACACCACCAGAUCACUCACCACAACCCCACCCACCAAAAUGCGUCUCCCCUACAUCCCCAACCCCCCACCCACCUCUUCGGAAGCCGAACAAGCCAUCGUCGACCGCAUCACCGCCCGCCGCGCACCCCGUCCCCUCCAACCCUUGGACCUAACCCUGCUCCACUCCCCGCCCGUCGCCGACGGCUGGAACUCCUUCCUGGGCGCCAUCCGCACGAAAACCCUUCUUCCCGCCGACGAGCGCGAGCUGGCCAUUUCCCGCGUGGCCGUCUGCAACGGCGCCUGGUACGAGUGGCACCACCAUGCGCCCCUGGCCGUUCAGGCGGGCGUCAGCGAGGGCGAGGAUGGUCUGGGCGUGGUCAAGAGGCAGGAACCGCUGCUGAUUGAGGAAGGAGACCAGAAGAAGGGAGGCUUGAAUGAGAGGCAGUGGGUGGCGGUGUGCUUGGCGGAUGAGAUGACGAGGAAUGUAAAGGUGCGGGAUGAGACGUUUGAGAAGGUUAGAGGGUUGUUUAGCGAGAGGGAGGUGGUGGAGUUGACUGCGAUUAUCGCUUGCUACAACUGCGUGAGCCGUUUCCUUGUUGCGCUGGAUGUUGGAGAGAUGAACGGCACUGGUCCGGACGAUGCUGCUCACUAGGGGUGAUAUAUCCUGGUGAUAACGGUGCUUCCAGAAGAAUGCAAAUUGAAACAUUGUGUUGAGCGUCAACCUCAAUUAACAUUACAUACGGUUUUCUUCUCGCAAACUGAUAUAUGGUGCAUCUAAACUUUCUCUCUUAGUCACUCACUCUUUAUGUAACUAAUCUAUCGACUCUAACCUUCUUAUGUUGACGAAUGGGUUGGACAAUAUGUGAGCCUUCAAGUUU